AUGUCAAAGAAGAGAAAGAGAGAGCCCGACUUUGAGCUUAUUCAGGUCUACGAGGACUUGGCCGAAUUGGACGAAAAUGUUCGCCUCAAAGCCGCCAACACCCUGGUCACUAAGAUUCUCAAGCCAGGAGUGUCCAGCGACGACCAGAUAAAACCCCUUCUAACCCGUUUAUUUCGUGGACUAUGCAGUGGUCGUAAAGCUGCCCGACUCGGGUUUUCUUUUGCUUUGACCGAGCUUCUUCGCCACCUUUCACCGAGCGAUGCGUGGCCUCCUGCUACGAUCGUUGACAUGUUGGAGAGCUUGACUGUACCAGAAACUGGGACUACUGCCGACGAGGAGCGAAACCAUUAUUUUGGCAGACUAUUCGGCAUAUCUGCCGUGUUUCGAUCCGACAUCCUCUUCAAGAAUCCUGAACCUCUUCAAUGGAGACGAGUGCUAGAGAUGCUCUGCGAUUUGGCAAUACAGAAGCCAUGGCUGAGACAGCAAUGCGGCUGGAUUAUUAUGGAUCAAAUUAUUUCCGGUGACACAAAUUCCUUGGAAGGAUUUUCUGUUGACGCAGUGAAGGUCCUCGAAGCCAAGAAGAUGAUACGGUCACCUGAGGGUCUAGCAAUUUGGUUGACUAUCACAAAGCUCUUUCCUCGUGCAAAGUUGCCUAGUUCUGUCUGGAAGUACAAGGACCCGUUGGCAACUAAAGAUGUCAGGCUUCUCGCCGAUGUCCUCAAGGACGCACGGACUCUGCCUCAAGACGGCUCCGAUACUGAAGCUCAAGGGUCUGCUGGCUGGUCACCGAAGUUGCAUUUUGCCUGGGAUGUUGUCCUCGCUGAAUUGUUCCGAGAGGAUAGAACGUUCCACGAGGUUAACAGGAAGGGCGCUGACAAGCCUUCAAAGCAUGAGCGGAUCACAUUAGAAGUCUUCUGGCAGAAGGUUGUGGAUGAAAGCCUCUUUUCACCCACCAGUAGUCCUGAACGAAAAUCUUGGGGAUUUGCAUUGUGGAACAGGCUUUUCAUGACCGCACCACAGCAUCUCUUGCGGUUUACCUUCACUCCUCAAGCGACAUCGUGCCUGGUCGAUGCACUGAAGGCUUCUCAGCAUCUUCUCAGAAACAACGCCUUGAAAACGUCCGAGAUGUUCCACUCCCGUUUUGAUCAAAACGACAGGGUUUCCGCCUCUCAGCCAAGCCUGAGCGAAAGCUGCAUGAAAGCUCUACUCCGCAGCGUCAAUUAUGGCGACUUUGACAAGCUAACCAAAACAAAAACCAUGCAGAGUUUCUUCGAUUCGGCCGAUAACCACGGGCUCAAAUUGCUGUCAGGCAUCCUAAUGUCCAUCGCUACUGAGCAUGUGCCAGAUGAGGACAAAACGCAAGCCAUUAGGCGACAGAGAACUGUCAUAGAUCUACAGUCUCAGCUCGUUGCAUCCGUGCUUCGAAGUGCCCAGCAGAAAGGUGGGUCCCAGAAUCCAGGAGAUGUACAGAUCGCCCAAAAUGUCAUGGAGGUAUGGUUGAUAGAGAGUGCUUCCAUGCCAGGACCCGGUUUCUAUUCCCCAGAGCUUCCCGAAGCAAGUCGGGAAUAUUUGAAAGAACGUUUGGCCAUUGCAUUUGAACAGACUCUGAAGCUCAAGGCUUUGGGCUAUCGUGUUCUGACGGAUACGAUAUUACGCCUGAAGCCUGUCGGUACAAAUGAUCAGUACAUGGCUUCACGAUUCGAGGAUACCGUAUAUACGCUUGUGAACCAAGCCUGGAAGCGACUCAGCGACUUAUCACAGAGCUUGGAAAGAACACCCUAUCCAAUCCCGACCGGCAAAGUCUCGACGCAGACCAUUCCGAAGUCCUCAGAUGGCCUUUGCUUGCUUUAUUGUCUGAUGCUUUUCCAGAUCUACGUCGGUGAAUCCGAUGCUGUGGGAGUUUUGCAAGAUGUUCUCGCAUAUGAGGAACACUGGGAAGGAUUGAAUUCGAAAGGGCCGAGAAGCCGAGAAGCACAAAAUCCAGCCGACGCCAUGGUGGAAGUUAUCCUAAGCUUCGCUUCGAGGCCCUCGAAAUUUUUGAGGAUAAUCACCCUCCAAAUUUUCGAGGCGUUCGCACCUUUCGUUACUCGUGAUGGUCUUAAUUCCCUGUGUCGUAUUCUAGAAACGAAGGAAAACAUACAGGGCCAGCAAGAGAUGUUCCAGGAGGAAGAUGUCGAUAUGGAGGACAGUGAAGGAACGGGCGUGGACUCGGAUGUAGAGGUCGACUCUCUCUCGCGUGCCUCUGGUUCUCCCUUCGGCGCUGAUGAAUCAAGCUCGCCAUCAGAACAAUUCUCACAGCAUUCGACCGAGGCCUCAGAUAAGCUUGAUGACGAGGAUGGUGAGGAUGAUGAGGAUGGUGAGGAUGAUGAGGAUGGUGAGGAUGAUGAGGAUGGUGAGGAUGAUGAGGAUGGUGAGGAUGAUGAGGAUGGUGAAGAUGGUGAGGAUGGUGAGGAUGACGAGGACGAAGAGGACGACGAGGACGACGAGGAAGACGAGGAGCUCGCUGCUUUCGACGCAGCACUUGCCUCCGCUCUGGGCACUCGUCGCUUGAAUGGCAACGCUUUGGCAGACGAAGCUGACUCCAGAUCUUCCUCCCAUGCAGACAUGGACGACGAUGCGAUGAUGGAGCUCGACGCAAAACUGGCCGAGGUUUUCCGCGCGCGACACGAGAAACAAUUACAGAACAAGAAAAAGGAAGCCAAAGAAGCCAAACAAAAUGUGGUCAACUUCAAGAACCGCGUCCUUGAUUUGAUCGAAUCAUAUCUCAAGCAGCAACGGAAUAACCCUUUGACGCUUCGUCUGAUCGAGUCCUUGCUGAAACUUGCAAGAACCACUCGAUCAAAACAACUUGCAGACCGUGGAUGUGGUAUCUGGCGACAGUUCUAUGCACGUAGCAAAGGCUCAUCUGUGCCUUCUCUGGAUGCGGAUACUGCGGAAGACGAUGCUUUCCGAAUUCUGCGAUCUGUUCACGAUGAAGCAUGCAUGGAGUCGUCAAAUGCACAUGCAAAGGCUGCGGGCCAAGCAAGCAUAUUUCUUGCUAAGGUCCUGGUCAAGGCUGAUCCGGCGAAUCUUAGCUCUGUUGCCGAGAUCUAUUCUGCGACACAAAAGCGACAAUUGACUGAGAAGAGAUGUCGAUUGCUACCAAAUUUUUUCGAUGACUGGAACAGCUGGUACCGGAGCGCACAAGAGAAAUUGGCGAAGUGA